AACUAAUAAUGUUCGUUUCAAUUGUAAAUGUUUUGUACUCGCAAGUUGCAUGAUGUAAAAUGGAACAGCCGAAAAUGAAUCUAACCACAAAUAUCUGAGUUUGAGUCAGCACUGAUCAUGAAAAGAAAGAAAAGGGAAAAAACUGUAUAUGUAAAUAAAUUGGUAUUUUUGAAAGAAACCGACAAUCAUGAGUUCGGGUUCGGGUUCGACAUACUUCUAAGGAACUUUGAAACGUUCCCUUACCAUACAUAGUAUUUUACCGGAAGUAAUUCAUAAACAUGGAUCAUGCCAUACAGUGGCCCAAUAAGGUAUGAAAUGAACUUUACACAGGCACCGAAGUUGCAGACAACUCAGCCAGAACCUGACCAUGUGACAUCUAGCCCUACAAACCAUACGAUAACCUCAAUGGUUCAGCCAGAACCUGCCCAUGUGACAGCUAGACCAACAACCCAAACGAUGACCUCAACGGUUCAGCCAGAACCUGCCCAUGUGACAGCUAGGCCAACAACCCAAACGAUGACCUCAACAGUUCAGCCAGAACCUGCCCAUGUGACAGCUAGGCCAACAACCCAAACGAUAACCUCAACGGUUCAGCCAGAACCUGCCCAUGUGACAGCUUGGUCUACAACCCAUACGAUAACCUCAAUGGUUCAGCCAGAACCUGCCCAUGUGACAGCUAGAUCUACCCUCCUUAAGAUGCUAAAGACAGUUAAGGCACCAACAAAAGCCUUGAACGUUCCAGAUACAGACGAUGAUCUGUUUGACGAAGCGGGUACUACAGGCUUUUUUGCAUGGGCAGUACUUACUACUAUAGCUCUGAUACUCCUCAUCGUCAAGAAACUUGUGUUACAGAGAUGUGACUUGAAAUGUUGCACACAACCUUUACCAUCCCCACCACAACCACAAACAAUAGAACCUUUUGAGGAUAGAAUACCUAUGAAUCCUAUUAUGCACACCCCUCCAUCGCAAGCCUCAACUCCUGACACCCCAAGCACAGUAAUGUCAACUCCUGACACCCCAAGCACAGUAAUGUCAACUCCUAACACACCAAGCACAGUAACCUCAAGUGCCCCUUUGGUUUCUCAACAUGAGCCAGUAUCGGCUAAUACAAGGUCAAAGAAGAAAUUGUUCUAGACUAAAAUGAUAUACGAGUCUUGUGAACGGAAUAUGUGCAUACAUUCUCAAAAGAAUACAGGUAUAUUCUUUUUACAUUUGUGAUGUUUUACUACAUGAUGGUAAUUGAGCAUAUAAAUUUAGCUGUGUUGUCAGAAAAGAUGAUGUACAUUUUUUUUUACUUGAUUGUUUUAUUUUGAGAAAAUGUAUUGUUAUCAUACAUAUGACAACAAGUAAGUGUUUAUGUUUGUGUAUUACUUUUGAUAAUGAGACAUACAGAGUUAUUUUGACAAGAAAAAAAUUUAUGUGAAAAAUAAUUCUUGAGAAAAACAGCUAUUAAGCUGU